UGGCGGCGGCGGCGGCGGCGGUGCCCGGCGUGGAGGAGCGGGUCCGGAGGGCCGCCGGACCCAAGGCGGAGGAGGGCGUUUGGGAGCGCCUUCGCCCGGGCCUCGGCGGCCUGAUGGAGUAAGAGGGUCGGCAGCUAGGGUGUGACGUUGAGUGCUUCAGAUCUGGUCACUAUGGUACGAGAACGAAAAUGCAUAUUGUGCAACAUUGUGUACAGCUCAAAAAAGGAGAUGGACGAACACAUGAGGAGCAUGUUGCAUCACAGGGAACUUGAGAACCUGAAGGGCAGGGACAGCAGUCAUGAGUGCCGGGUGUGCGGGGUCACAGAAGUGGGUCUUUCCGCAUAUGCAAAGCAUAUUUCUGGCCAGUUGCACAAAGAUAACAUUGAUGCCCAGGAAAGAGAAGAUGAUGGAAAGGGAGAAGAAGAAGAAGAAGAUUAUUUUGACAAGGAACUCGUCCAGUUAAUAAAGCAAAGAAAAGAACAAAGUCGACAAGAUGAACCUUCCAGUGGCAGCCAAGAAAUAAAAUCUGAUGACAGGCAGCUCCAGCGGAGACGAGAAGACAGAAUUCCUUACCAAGACAGAGAGAGCUACAGCCAGCCAGCAUGGCACCAUCGGGGACCUCCUCAGCGGGAUUGGAAGUGGGAGAAAGAUGGCUUUAGUAAUACGAGGAAAAACAACUUUGCACAUUCUUUGAGGAAUGGUGCUGGACCAAGAGGGUGGCAUAAGGGUGUUGCAGGAGGCUCCUCAACUUGGUUUCAUAACCAUAGUAAUUCUGGAGGUGGUUGGCAUUCAAAUAAUGGAACAGUAGAUUGGAAUCACAAUGGUACAGGAAGGAAUUCCAGCUGGCAUUCUGAAGGAACAGGUGGCUUUUCCAGUUGGCAUGUGAACAGCAGUAACGGAAACUGGAAAUCCAAUGUACGCAAUACAAAUAGUUGGAAUUACAGUAGUCCUGGAGACAAAUUUCAACCAGGCAGAAACAGAAAUUCUAACUGUCAAAUGGAAGACAUGGCUAAGCCAUGGAACAAGAAAUCCAAGUCAAACAAAUACAAUCAAGAGAGAUAUAAAUGGCAGCGGCAAGAAAAUGACAAAGUUAGUACAGUUGCCACAUACAGAGGUCCUUCUAAAGGAUAUACAAGUGAUAAAUUUUCUUCACAGAUCUUAUUUGACUUUAAUUUUGAGCAGCCAGAAAGCCAAACCGCUAAGCAGACAGAGACCAUAGCUUCCAAAAUUGGUGGGAAGAACGGCAGUGUCGCAAGGGAAAAGCACCAUCGCUGGACUCCUUACCCGUCCCAGAAGGCUCUGGAUUUACAAUCGGGAAUGAAAGACGUUACUGGGAACAAGUCAGAAAUGAUAGAUAAGCCUUUGUUUGAUUUUACUUUAAUCCAAGGAACACAAGCAUCCCAAAUUGAUGAAACAAAUAAUUCCCCAACAUUGAAAACACAAAAAGAAACACAUACUGGAUCUCUUAAUCACAAAGCCACUUCUGAGCAAGCGUAUAACUUAAAUAAGAUGCCAUCAUUAAAAUCCCCACUUCUUCCAAUUCCAGUCACUAAAUCAGUCCCUCAAAAGCAAGAUUCAAAGAAUCCCGCAAAAAACACCAAAGCGAAUUCUUUUUUUCCUGGAAAACAUUCAAAUUCCUUAAACAAACACAAGGGGGAAGACAAUCAUGGCUCUUCUUACAGGUCCAAAUUGCAAAGUUCAUGUCCUCGUGUUUUAAAAGGGAAUAAAAGCAGAUUUGGCACUCAGAGGGAAUCUGAUGAAAAUUUAAGUGAUACACUACAAAAAGCCAAAGAGGUGCUACAGUUUCAUGAGUCAUUGCAAGAUCCACUUCUUAGCACUUCUAAAAGGACCAGGAACUAUGACAAAGCAAGUAGGAAUGUAGAAGAGUCUGAAAAAGGAUCUUUGAAGAUUGAGUUUCAAGUACACUCAUUAGAAGAUGAGAGUGAUGGAGAAAUAUCUGACGUGGAAAAGCAUGGAACAAAAAUUGGAACCCUGGAUUCUGCAACUACAGAAGUCUUAUCCUGCAGCACCCAAAAUGCUGACGAGAAAGAGGGAGAGCACCACAACCUGAAAACACCUAGAAAACUAUCCACUUCCCCAUGCGAGUCAGUAGUUCACCAGAAAGAAUCUGAGUUACAAAUGACAUCUGUAGCCAGUCCACACUCUGGCUUACUACUGGACUUAAAAGCCUCUCUAGAAGAUGGACAGGUUGAUGAGUCUGUUAAGUCUCGUGUAUCUUAUGAAACAGAGGGCUUUGAGAGCACUAGCUUGGACGCAGAGCUUCAAAAGAGUGAUAUAACUCAGCCCUCAGGCCUUCUCCUGCCUGAACUAAGUAAGCUUGGCUUUCCUGCGUCGCUCCAAAGAGAUCUCACCCGGCACAUUAGUUUGAAGAGCAAAACUGGAGCACACCUUCCUGAGCCAAACCUCAAUAGUGCUCGCCGCAUUCGCAACAUUAGUGGCCAUCGAAAGAGCGACACAGAGAAGGAGUCUGGGCUCAAGCCAACUCUCCGGCAGAUUCUAAAUGCAUCUCGGAGAAAUGUCAACUGGGAGCAGGUCAUUCAGCAAGUAACCAAGAAAAAGCAAGAGCUAGGCAAAGGCUUACCCAGGUUUGGCAUAGAAAUGGUGCCUCUAGUUCAAAAUGAACAAGAGGUCUUGGAUUUGGAUGAGGAGCCUGAUCUGUCCAAUCUAGAAGGAUUCCAGUGGGAAGAUGUGUCCAUUUCUUCAUCUCCUGGAUUGGCAAGGAAACGAAGCCUUUCUGAGAGCAGUGUGAUCAUGGACAGGGCUCCUGCGUAUAGCUUCUUCAGUGAGGAAAGUGCAGGCAAAGAAAAUGAGCCCCAGCAGAUUUUUACACCUAGUAACUCAUCGAGGGCUGCACAGAGUCCAAAAACAACCGUGGGCCUUAAGCAGGAAGUGACACCUCUGGCCGCCUCCCUCAGAACAGGUGAAAGGGCUGAAAAUGUUGCUCCUCGAAGGCGGCACAGUGCACAGUUACUUUCUGACUGUGCAAAAUCUUUGAUUCAUUUGACAAAAGACCUGAACAGCCAGGAGAGUUCUGGACCACCUUCAGAGAAUCCGAAUGCCAAGGAGAGUAAUGGAGAAGGGAACUCUUUAACAUCAUGUGCAUCCUCAGCUCUUGCAGGCUCUAAUUUGGCAGAUGCAGGCACAGAUAGUAGCUGUACCUCUGGUGCUGAACAAAAUGACGGUCAGAACAUUAGAAAGAAACGAAGAGCCACUGGAGAUGGAUCUUCUCCUGAACUCCCAAGUCUUGAGAGAAAAAAUAAAAGAAGGAAAAUUAAAGGAAAGAAAGAACGUUCGCAGGUCGACCAGCUGCUGAGUAUUUCUUUAAGGGAGGAAGAACUAAGCAAGUCGUUGCAGUGCAUGGAUAACAACCUUCUGCAAGCCCGGGCAGCACUUCAGACAGCUUAUGUGGAAGUUCAGAGGCUUCUUAUGCUCAAGCAGCAGAUAACUAUGGAGAUGAGUGCACUGAGGACCCAUAGAAUACAAAUUCUACAGGGAUUGCAAGAAACAUAUGAACCUGCUGAACGCCCAUACCAGGUUCCCUGUAGCCUUCCGCGAGAACAGAGGAGCAGUAGAUCUCAAACAUCUGCUGAUGCCACGCUGCUGCCUACUCCCUUCUUCCCAGUUUUUCUGGAGCCUCCAUCAUCCACAGGAGUCCCUUGCCAAGUACCCACAUCUCCUACUUUCCAAGCCCAUGGCAGUGUUCCUGCUCCGGACUCAUCGAUUCAGAUUAAACAAGAACCUAUGUCUUCUGAACAAGAAGGUAAUGUGAAUGCUGUGUCACAAGGGUCUCCUUGCAGUGUGUCCAAGGAAUUGCUGCAAGGAGAGGUCAGUGACCGCCGUUCAGUCGAUGCAUCCCUCACUGCACCGUUGUCCUUGUCAGAGCCAACAGAAAAUUUCCAUGAGCCCAGCCGAGAACUGAGGCUUUCUGUGGAGCAAGGAAGUACCAAAAAUGGGGAAAAUGUUCUCUCGUCCCAAUCAGCUGGUCUUCCUAGCAUAAAUAAAGAAGGUGAAGAGCCAACCAAAGGCAACAGCGGGUCUGAAGCCUGUACCAGUUCUUUUCCAAGAUUGUUCUUUGCUUCAGAAACCUCUUUAGAGAAGGAAUCCCUCUCCCUCGCUGACCAGCCUGAGCAAGCAGAGUCUACUCUGACAUCAGCUGGAACGCGGGGGAACAAGAAAAAGAAGAAACUUAGGAAGAAGAAGACUCUGCGAGCCGCCCAUGUGCCCGAGAACAGUGACACCGAGCAGGAUGUAUUUACUGCUAAGCCUGUGAGGAAAGUGAAAACUGCAAAGUCAGCCAAAGGAGGGAAAGUAACAACCUCCACCUGGGAAGAUAGCAGAACUGGACUUGAACAAGACAGUGUCCGGGAUGAGCCAGACAGUGACUCCUCUCUGGAAGUCCUGGAACUUCCUAACCCUCAGUUAGAAGUAGUGGCCAUUGAUUCCUCGGAAUCUGGAGAGGAGAAGCCAGACAGCCCAUCGAAGAAGGAUAUUUGGAACUGCACAGAGCAACACUCAUUAGAAACUUCUCGUUCUGGUUGUGAUGAAGUUAGCUCUACCAGUGAGAUUGGCACUCGCUAUAAAGAUGGUAUCCCUGUAAGUGUGGCAGAAACUCAGACCGUGAUCUCCUCCAUAAAAGGAUCGAAGAACUCUUCAGAAAUAUCUUCAGAGCCAGGAGAUGAUGAUGAGCCCACAGAAGGGAGUUUUGAGGGGCACCAAGCUGCAGUGAAUGCAAUUCAGAUAUUUGGGAAUUUGCUCUAUACCUGUUCAGCAGAUAAAACUGUGCGAGCUUAUAAUCUGGUGACUCGGAAGUGCAUUGGUGUCUUUGAGGGCCAUACUUCGAAAGUGAACUGCCUCCUGGUUACUCAAACCUCUGGGAAGAAUGCUGCCCUUUACACUGGUUCCAGUGAUCACACCGUUCGCUGCUAUAAUGUUAAGACGCGAGAGUGUUUGGAGCAGUUACAGCUGGACGACCGAGUCCUCUGCCUUCACAGUAGAUGGCGAAUCCUCUAUGCAGGACUAGCAAAUGGCACUGUGGUCACCUUCAACAUAGAGAACAACAAACGACUCGAAAUCUUUGAAUGCCAUGGCCCUCGGGCAGUUAGCUGUCUAGCCACAGCUCAGGAAGGUGCCCGAAAGCUGCUGGUCGUGGGGUCUUACGACUGUACCAUUAGCGUGCGAGACGCGCGGAAUGGACUCCUCCUCAGAACCCUGGAGGGCCACAGCAAGACCAUUCUCUGCAUGAAGGUGGUGAAUGACCUUGUGUUCAGUGGCUCCAGUGAUCAGUCAGUCCAUGCCCACAACAUUCAUACUGGGGAGCUCGUGCGGAUCUAUAAAGGUCACAAUCAUGCAGUGACUGUGGUGAACAUCCUGGGAAAAGUGAUGGUGACUGCUUGCCUGGAUAAAUUCGUUCGUGUCUACGAGUUACAGUCCCAUGAUCGAUUGCAAGUUUAUGGAGGACACAAAGACAUGAUUAUGUGUAUGACCAUCCAUAAAAGUAUGAUUUAUACUGGCUGUUACGAUGGCAGUAUUCAGGCCGUGAGGCUAAAUCUGAUGCAGAAUUACCGCUGCUGGUGGCAUGGUUGCUCUCUGAUAUUUGGCGUUGUAGAUCACUUAAAACAACAUUUGCUGACUGACCAUACAAAUCCAAACUUUCAGACUCUGAAAUGUCGCUGGAAGAACUGUGAUGCUUUUUUUACUGCUAGGAAAGGAUCCAAACAGGACGCUACAGGACACAUUGAACGACAUGCUGAGGAUGAAAGUAAAGUUGAUUCAUGAAGUUUUUCGCCUCCCAUGUUGGGAAGUCAUUAGCUGAACGAAUUUCACAUUGGCCCCUCACACUGGCCACUGUCCUCCCUUCCCCUGUGAAGCGGGGAAGGAGAAAGUGAUUACCAAUCAGACUUACCACUAGGGUAAGUCUGAGCAGCUCUGUGGGAUGAUAGGUUACACUUUAAGAUCUUGCUGGAGGUUUGUCAGAUUUUAAGGAAUCAUACUCCUGGGACAGCGUGGCAUAUGGUAAUCUAUGCUACUGGUGUUCUCCAGAUGUUUAUUAAAGAUGCAGAUCUGAAUUGGUUACCUGAUUUGACCCUAAUCAUGUUGUUUUACUGAUUUCAGUUUGUGAUUUUUACUUUCUGUUCUUGUGAUGGUUUAAACUUGUAGUCAAGCUUUAAGUACCAGUUUUUUCAAAUGCUAGAUUUUUAGGAUCAGUUUUAAUUUUUCUGCUUGUAAUAACUGGGUAUUUAAAUUGGAAGCAAAUAGUUUUCUUCUUAAAAAUUAUGUUUAGUGUGUGUCAGUAUUCUUUUGCUUUGUAGAUGACAGAGCUGGCUUUAAAUGUAAAGGAAGACAGUAGAUUUUUAGCAGCUAGAGUGACUGCUCAGCUGACUAUUUUAGGAGUUGAUACAGCAGAUCACACAAUGGCAAGUCCUUACGGACAGUGCUCCCCGAAGACCCUCUCUGCAAGGUUUGCUGGAGUGCUUGGCUCAGGGCAGCACACAGGCCUACUGUCCACGUGAAGUGGUGCUGUGAGACCUGGGCAUCACUGCUGCAGGGGUGGCCGGGCUGUUUGACCUGGAGGUGCAGCCUUGACCUCCCUUUGCAGUUUCUGACUCCAGGCUGCUGUGGGAUUGAAGCCUACAGAAUGCGUUGCACUCACCUGCAGCCCCCAAGAUAGGGGAGUUAGGAUAAAGCACCUGAAUUCAGUUUUUAGGGCCUCAGCAGGCUUCUUAGAAACUGAUUUCUAAAACCACUGUCUUGCCCUCACCUCUCCACUAGUUGGGAAGAAAGAGUGGAAUCUGGUGAAGUUAAAGACCACCUGUCCAUGGAGAGCAGCCACAUUAGCAAAGCCUUAGUGAGACUGCGUGGCUUGGGCUUUUCUCCGGACUCCGAAGAGAAGCUGUAGACGUGUUGCUUUCCAUUCUUUUGUUUCUGGGUUCACUUUGAAAGGUUCUUCGGGGAGAUAGAGGAAGGGAGAGCAGCACGGUGCACACAGCCACGCUUCGGGAUGCGGCCCCUACUCUGUUCUAGGAGUGCAGAGCACCCAGGCUUCUCCCUCUCCUGUCGCUGCGCACAUCUGCUCACCUGCCUCCUUCACUCUGGCUCUAGGGCAGGAGGACUCCACUGGGGAUUCAUGGACAGGUUUCAGGAGGGUGUGCGAACCCCCUGAAAUUGUAUGCAAGACGAAGUAUGUGUCCUUUUUCCCAGGGAAGGCUCUAAUGAUUUUUACUGGAUCCAAAAGAUUAAGACCUACUAAAGGAGCUACUACUAGAUAAUGAAUGGCCCCACAAGCUAUUUACUUCUGUCUUUGUGAAUGGGAAAACUUUUUUGUUAACCACACUAUUGAGGUUUACAUGACACUUGAGAGAGACCUGAGUUAAUCCUAUUGUAUCAAGACUAUUUGUGCUGUUUCUCUAUGAGAUUAUGAAGCUUUUCCCACCUCUCACCCCCAUUUCCAGUACAGGUGACCAGAGAAGCCAGGCUGUUCUGUGGGUUUGGGAAUGGUAAAUUCCCAGGAAAGCGAAUUUGGACUUAUUGCCAAACCUGGCAUUUUUCUCUGGGUAGUGAAGCAGCAUUUCUCAGAUGGCUGGGGAGUGUGCCAAGAAAGUCUUGCAUGCACUGGUGCACAGGUGUCUUUCUGUCCUGCCUGAGGACGUGUCUGCAAAGACAAGAGUGGUGAAGCACCUUUGUAGGGCAGUUGCUGGGCAAGUGAGGGGAACCUUUGCAGGUAGAGUUAGUGAGAACCAGUUUGGGUUUCACUUUGGUGGAAUUGUGCACAGUCUGCCUGCCUUUGUGUAUAUGAAUAAUCCUUGUACAUGUGUACACGGAUGGGCACCUGUACUUGGAAUACUUUUCCUCAUUUCGUAGAAAUGUCCUUUGAAGCAGUAGCAAUAAUGUUUUUGUUUUAAAGAUGUGUAAAAUUUAACAUCAGGGUAGUGUGUUAUCCUAAACACACUGUUCUAGCUCUGUUUAGAAAUAAAUGCACCAUAAACAUCUUGGCUGCUUAUGUAUGCUUAUUGCUUUCAAGUGUCUUGAAAGUUAUGCAGAAUUUUGGCCAUUUUUAAGUCUUCUUUGAUGUCCUGACUGAUUCUAGCCCUCUGUCGCCCUCAGAGAAGAGCUGUCAGGGGUUUGCAUAAACUCUGGUAUUUAGUACUUUAUGAAGAAAGGAAACCGUUCCAUGACCUGACAGAACCUGACAUUUCUUAUCAGGAAUCGGAGGCCAUUUUUUAGAACGUUGUUUUUUAAUUAUGUGUGCCUACUUCUAACGGCUAGAAGCCGAGGAAACCCUGGUAUAAAUCCUUUUGUGUGCAUGUGCUAGUGUUUUAAUGGCGGUUUAUUCAGAUAUAAUAUCAGUCACUUCAAGUUUUAUCCUAAAGUUUUAAUCAGGUUCAAAAUGUAUUUUGGCAUACGUUUCUACCCGGUUAAACACAAUGCGAACAAAACUCUUAAGAGCAAAGAAUUAAUUUUGAUCUGAUGCUACUUGAAGAGAACAUUAUUGCUGCCACACUCCUGCUUUUGUGGGGAGAAGUUUUUUCUGUCUCAGAAGAGUUAGCAAUUGAGUGUUUAGCUCCUGACCUACCUAUAAGUUAUAGGCAAAAUCAUUGCUGUUUAAGUGAUUAUUUGCUUAACAAAGGUUUCUUUGUUUUUGUUUUUUGGGGGUCUUGGGUAGAUUAUACAGUGGACAACUUUAGUGACUAGGUAUGUGGAUGGUUUGGUGGGAGUAGGUGUACAACAUUUAGUGGAAUGGUAUGGUAUGUUUUAUGGAAGAGAAUUCAUUGGAGGGGAGAUCAAAGUAUAUUGCGAUGUGACAGAUUUUGUUCUUGUUGCCUAAAGGAGAGCUUUCAGAAUUGCUGUGAAGGCCAGGCCUGCCACAUUGAUGAUAGUGAUCUCGUCCCUGCUCCACAUCAUCAGGACCCUCAGGAUGGCAAAGGAGCUGUCUAAGGACUAGGAAUAGGAGCUGUGGUGGCGAUUUGGUUAUACUGAGUCCCUCCCAUAUGCCAGUGGAUGUGAAAUGAUGAUGUAAACCACACCUACUGCUUAUCAGACAUUAAUCCCUAACCUCACCUCCAACUCCCAGGUAUGGGGCCCUGCUGGGCCACAUGCACUAAAAUUUCCCAUGUUUGCUCUGAAUUCAAGGUAGUAGCCCAGUGGGAUUGGGAAAGAGGGGAGUCAAAGAGGAAAGGCUAUUGAAGAUCUUCCUGCCUAAGAGGAACACAUGCCCUAGAGCUGCUCUAGCAUGCCUGGUAUUUGAAUUUUUUAUAUUGAAUAUGGAUUAGAAAACUGAAAUCAGAUGACAUUUGACUGCAAAAAUGUUUAUAAGCAAAUAGCUUAGCCUUCUUACAUUUUGGUAUAAACCUGUGAACUUCAUAACUUUGUAAAAGCAAGAUACAAAGCAAAUACAAGAGGAAAAUAAAGUACUUUUACAAAUUGUU